AUGGAUCCAAGGCUUAUAGUGUGCAUUAGCAGCAACAACGUACCUGAAUUUGUCGACUUACUUCAUGAAAAUGAAGGAAUUAUUUUGCAAAGAACAGCUGAUUCCUUCAGCACAGUUUUACACCUUGCUUCAAAACUGGGACAUAUUGACAUGGUCCUGGAAACUAUUAAGUUAUGCCCUGAAUUGGUUGCUGCUGAAAACAAGUACCUUGAGACUCCAGUACAUGAAGCUUGUCGCCUUGGAAAUGCCAACAUCUUGAAGCUGCUAUUAGAAGCCAAUCCUCAAGCAGCAUGUAAGCUCAAUGUUCAGAAAAAGAGUGCUUUGUUUCUAGCUUGCAGUCUGGGCCAUCUUGAUGCAGUCAAUCUCCUAUUGAAUCAACCUUGGAUGGAGAGCUUAGAGAAUGUUGGACUUGAUCAAACAUGUAUUCAUGUUGCUGCAUCCAACGGACACACAGAUAUUGUUAGAGAGAUGCUAAACAUCUGCCCUAACUAUGCUCAAAUGGCUGAUGACAAUGGGAAUUCACCUUUGCACUUUGCUUGCAACAAAGGGCAUCGGGAAAUAACCUGGUUACUCCUAAGGCGAGAUGUCAAUCUGGCCUUGCAGUAUAACAACAAUGGUUAUACACCUUUGCACUUGGCAGCAAUAAAUGGAAACAUAUCAGUCCUUGAAGACUUCGCACUGAAAGCUCCAGCGGCUUUUCAUUAUCUCACAAAAGAAGAGGAGUCAAUAUUUCAUCUGACUGUGAGAUACGGAAAAUAUCAAGCUUUGUUAUUAUUGGUGAAUGUUGCUAACAGUACUAAUCUCCUUCACUGUCAAGAUCGCUACGGUAACACCAUCUUGCACCUUGCAGUUUCUGGAGCGCGUUAUGAGAUUGCUGAGUACUUGAUGAACAAAGAAAAGAUGGAGAUCAAUUCGCGGAACAGUAAAGGACUUACUGCAUUUGACCUCCUCAGUCAGGCCAGAGACAGUGCAGAGGCUCGUCAUCUUCAGACAAUAUUCCAUAAAGCCGGUGGUGAAAGAUGCACUACUGUGACAAGUACUACUUGUUCACCAGAAACAUCUUCUGCAUGGCAGAGUUACAUAUUCGAAUCAGACAUGUCCAUUACAAUCGAAAAUUCUUUACCCUCUUUGCAAGAAAUAACCUGCACUCAGCCAGAAGACCAAUACAAGUCAAGACAAUCAUCACUCCACAAUCACGUUCAAGGGAGAUUUGACAAUGAAGCAUACAAACUGAAGUCCUCCCCCUCUACCAAAUCGCAUCAUCAACGUAGCAAGUCUUUGAGCAAAAGGCACCGUGAAGAUCAUAAGCAGCAUAAGAUGUACAGAGAGGCGAUCCAGAAUGCCAGGAACACCAUAACACUUGUUGCCAUUUUAAUUGCAACAGUCACUUUUACUGCUGGAAUCACCCCUCCUGGCGGUGUUUAUCAGGAUGGAGCGAUGAAAGGGAAGUCGAUAGCAGGCACAACAACAGCUUUCAAGGUGUUUGCAGUAAGCAAUUACAUUGCUCUCUUUUCAUCACUGUCAAUAGUUGUUGUGCUUGUCAGUAUCAUACCCUUUAGACGAAAACCGCAGAUGAGACUGUUGGUGUUUUCCCACAAGAUCAUGUGGGUAGCUGUGGCUUUCAUGGCAACAGGUUAUGUUGCAGCCACAUGGGUGGUCAUGCCGAGAAAUCAAGGGACGGCCUUUGUGUUUGUGGCUCUACUGGCUGUCAGUGGUGGCACUCUGGGAACAAGCUUCAUUGGUUUAGGAGUGAUGCUGGUGGAUCAUUGGCUAAGAAAGCUGAAUUGGAGAAAACUCAAAAGGGGAAUCUGGGGUGGUGCAGAUGAAAUUGAGAGCCAAAAUUCUGAUGUCGAGAGCUCAUUCCAUCAAGGCUAUCACUCAUACUGA